ACCAUCAUCGGCAUCGCGAAGCAAAAAUGGCGACUAAUGGGGUUGCAGCAGUUUGCAUUGCAACAUGACUCGAGCUCACCGACUAAUAACAUGCAAAUUAUAAACUUACAUAUUGAGCAUCUCACCGAAGUAUACGUCAUAGUAGCAGGCACGAGAAAUGCAGCUCUGACAUGAAGAAGACUGCAUUUGGUUGGAAAAGAAAGGCGGGAGCAAUCAUUUCGCAAAGCGCAUCGUUGCAGUUUCAAGAAAGCACAGCGGACGACUCUGGUUCUGUACCCGACGGUGUCGACUGGCCGACUGGUUUUAAACGGCGUCGAAAUCUGUUUUUGGAAGACUGCGCGCAAAAGGGCGAACGUCUUAGAGAGGAAGGAGUUACUUUGGCAGAAUCCGAAAGGUACUGGCAGGCUAUAAAAAAAUUUAACGAAGCCUUGGAGCUCACGCCCACAGAUGCCAAACUUUGGGACAUGAAAGCCCAGGCACUCAUGUUGCUACGGGAAGACUUUGAAGCUGUAAAAGCUGCAGAAACAGCCGUGAAACACGACCCAACCUGGUGGGCUGCACACCAAACCCUUGGCAGGUCACGUCUGGCCCUCGGCGAGAUCAGCAUGGCUCUGCGGAGUUUCAGCACAGCAGUCCACUUAAAUCCUUCCAGCGAUGAACUGCGACAGGACGACCUCCUUCACACGCUGAGGUUGCUUCGUUGCAAAGAAGCAGCAUCAACUGCAACGAAGGACGAACACAGCACGCAGCUCCUGUUUGACGAGGAUGGCAACCUUGUACAGCUGGAUGAGGGGCGUACGUCGGCUGCAAACCUUGUGCAGUGUCGCGAACUGUCCUGAAUCGCACCCACUUGUGAGGUGCCAAGAUUGUCAUUCGGUUUUGCUACGACACGUGAACUGCAAUGUUGAUGACCGACCUAUGUGCAGUAUAGAGUGGUGGAAAGUUCAUUUGGAAGGAAGACAACACCAUGAGUGGUUUAAAAUUGUACUAGGACUAGCUUGAAACGUGGGGGAGAAAAGUCCUACGAACUCUUUAAGAAUUCCAGGCGUCGUGGACAAAAGUUCAGUUUCUUGUGAUGCAGGUCUGUCUGAAAUGAAAAAAUUGGAGAGCUGUCAUCUUGCUGCACUCCAGUCAUUUUAAAUAUAUUAAAGUAUGCAUUAUAUUAUGUUUGA